CGUCAUGACGCAGCCGGAGGGCGGGGCUUAGCGGUCCAGUGUGUGGGAAGUGGAUAGAUAGAGGCCUUGGAGGCUGCUGUCAGUGUCAGGCCGCGCCGUGUGUCUUCUUCUCCCGCCUGUGACGCCGCCGCCUUCCCCGUCAGCCAUGUGUGACAAAGAACUGAUGUGGGCGCUGAAGAACGGAGACCUGGACGCGGUGAAGGAGUUCAUUGCCGGGGGUGUGGAUGUCAACCGGAUGCUGGAGGGUGGACGAAAGCCUCUACAUUAUGCAGCUGACUGUGGACAAGACGAAAUCUUGGAAUAUCUCUUGGCAAAAGGAGCCGAUAUAAAUGCUGCAGAUAAACACGGCAUCACCCCUCUUCUGUCCGCCUGCUAUGAAGGUCACUUAAAAACAGUCAAGCUGCUUCUGGAGAGGGGAGCUGACAAGAACGUAAAAGGACCCGACGGACUGAGUGCCUUGGAAUCCACAGACAACCAGUCUAUUAAAGAACUGCUUCAUUGAUGGGACUGGAGCUUGUCUGCGACAUUUGCCUCUCACUUCUGUCUUAUUUUUCUGUUCUCUUAUUUUAAUUUUUUUUUCUUCUGCCAAUUAAUUCAACCAUCUGAGGACACAAAUUAAUGACCGAGAGCAGCAGUCGCACAAUGCUUAGCUUUUCGAAGAUUGGCGAAUGUACCACUGUCGCAAGCGGUGUUGGGCGUUUGGGCACAGCCCCAUCAUGGCAGUCAUCUGUGGUUAAAUAUAGUACAAUUAUAAAUUGCACAUCCAAAUGGAUUGUGUGCACUGGGCCCAUGAGGUUAUGGGCUUUGAACCAUGUUCUAUAAUGUUUAAUAAAAAGUUUCACCCGGCGCAGUUUGAGGUUUUGUAUAUUUAGAGGAUAUCAUUAACAACCCUCCCCAAAGCCAUAAGCCAUGUUUGAUGCCCGAUGCCGCUGGGCAGUUUAUGCAUUUUGUUCCGGUAUGUGAGUGAAAUGGGGCAAAAUACAAAUUGUACUGGAAAUAAUAAACCAUCUGCCACCAUAUCACAGUUAAAAUCCACAUCCAAUGCUGAAUAAAGCCUCAUUCACACGUCAGUGCUUUUCCAUCAGUGAUUGUGAGCCAAAACCAGGACUGGAGCCUCCACGGACAGAAGUUAAAAGGGAAAGAUCUGCACCUGUUCUGUGUUUAGAGCUGCACCUGGUUUUGGCUGAAAAUCACUGAUGGAAAACACUGACCUGUGAAUGAGGCAUAACUUUUCUUUAUUCAUUGUGUAUCGAGCUUCACGUUUUACCCACAUGUCACAUCCAAAUCAUUACAUUUUAUCCUCUUAUUCUCAAAACCAUCACUUUUUAUCCUCCAUUCGCAUCCAACGCAUCAUAUUUUAGCUUCCUGUCACAUCCGAAAGAUCCCAGUCACAUAUGGUAAGCAGAGCAGUAAACAUCAAAUCAUGGCGAGUGCUAAGCUGUCUGACAACAUUGGGCAGAUAAACUGCACCGACACCCCAGUAGCGGUGUUAAAAAAUAUAUAUAUAAUUUUUUUUUUUUUUUUUACACUGCCACUUUGGAUGUGACUUGGUAUAGCUGAAACAGCUAUUUCCUUCUUACUCAUGAACCUUAGCUUUGUACUUCUUUUCCAUUAUUUUCCCCCUUUGCUUACACUGACAUAUUACUAUUAUCAUGUGCAUUAAAACUUUAGCGGUGACGCUUGUUAACUGCUUUUCAUAGUGUAUUUUUGUGGUUUGGGAGGGCUGAAAAUGCAUUAGGACUGUAGUAAUUUACAGUAUCUUACUAUGGAUAAAUGAUGCAAAAUGUGGCACUUCUUUACCGUUUCUGUUUCUUGAUAUACAGGUAAAACUAGAAAAAUUAGAACAUCGUGCAAAAGUCCAUUUAUUUCAGUAAUGCAAAUGAAAAGGAAUUGCAUUAAUGCAUCAUGAAAAUUAGAAUUUUGUGAAAAGGUUCAAUAUUCUGGGCUCAUCGUGUCACACUCUAGUCAGCUAAUUAACCCAUACCCCCUGAGAAAAGGGGACCUCAUAAUUGUGACUUUGGGGUUUCAUGAGCUGUAAACCAUAAUCAUCCAAAUUAUAACAAAUAUCUCGCUUUGCAUGUAAUGAGUCUCAUAUAUUAGUUUCACAUUUUAAGUUGCAUUACUGAAAUAAAUGAACUUUGCAUGAUAUUCUAAUUUUUCGAGUUUCACCUGUAUGACCCUUAAAAUUCAUGGAAUGUACCAUUUUAUGCAAGCUAUGGAAUAUCAAUUCCAUUUUAGGUAACUAGCGCCUAGUCCUGGCAGUACCCAUUAUGCCCUGCCUACCAGAGUAAUUUAAGUUUAUUUUAAGGGGAUUUUCCGGGUGUUUUAAUUUUGAUGAGCCAUCUUUGAUGAGCCACCGAUAACUGGUCGGUUGGGGUCUGAACAGGAGACGAGCUCCAGGGGGGCCCCACAGCUUCAUCCAUUGAACAGCGGCUGUGCUUGGUAUUACACCUCAGCCCCAUUUACCUGAAUGGGACAGAGCUGCGUCUAGGCCAUGUGACCAAUGAAUGUGAUGUCGCUGGCCUCAGAAGAGGUUGGGUCACUUACAAAGUGCCAACAGAGUCUUUAAACAGCUGAUCUGGGGGAGGGGGCAGUAGUCGGACUCCCACGAUUACAUAUUUAUGACCUUUUAAAACACCCAGAGAACCUGUUGCACAGGGAGAUUAGAGGCAACCUAGUUGGCACAGUUGCAGUAUCCUCAGCCAAUCACAAGCCAAGAAAUGUUUUAAAGAGGACCGGUCACCUUUUUUCUUUGAUAUGAUGUAAACCUGGUAGAGUGCUCAGGUCUUGUAAUCAGAUUGGUUUAUGCACAUUAAGCGGGCAUGAGGUCAAGGCAGGGAAGGGUCUUGUGAUACCUGCUGAAUUCUCAUUUAUGUGCUGUAGAAUUAGUGGGUCUUUCUUUCCGUUUGCCUUUAGGUUUCCUUCUCUAGACCUCCUUGAAAAAUGUGGUAUACCCUUCUGUAAAAUGUGGUAUACCCUUUUGUAAAUGGUGACCAGUCCCCUUUAAAUUGAGGUUUUUUUUCCCCCCACUUCCCAAUGUUAACACACACUCAACAGAGCUGCUAUUGAUUUUAAAGUUUCAGCAGCCAAAUUUUACGGAAGCCAAUGACCAUACCUUGGAACGUCUCUGCCUCCUUUCCACCGAAGCACUUUUUACAAUCCAUUAACUGUGGCAGUAAUAACUAUUUGUGUUCAUGUCAUUGACUUUCGCAGAUUUCCCUAAAACCAGCAAUAUUUUUGACCAUUCCCGUCACUCCGAGGAAAUUUGCUCUUCUAAAUGGCACUUAUUUUCUGUAGCUCUAGAAACUUGGCUGCUACCUCCCUACCCUGCGAAUGACUCUUAUGUUUUUUGUUUUUGUUUUUUUUUCCUUCUAUUUCUGACAUUCAUUGGAUGUUGCUUAUAAGUGAUGAAUGUAUUAUGUGCAUGCGGACCCCCUAUGAAUGCUUGGGGCCCAUCAUCAACAUGUUGCUGGAUUUACCCAGCACCAGGGUCGUUCAUAUCUGAGGCCUUAUAAAUCAGACCCCAUGAAAAGCAUCCUAGUAAGAGACUGGAUUCAAGAGUUAGAGCUUUCUUUUUUCCCUUCUUUUUGCUUUGCGUGCUUUAAUUCAAUAACUUAUGUUUUCUUUUUAAAUCUUUGCAGGCGCUUUUCUCUCUGUUUUUAUUCUGUUUGUAAAACUUUUACUUUCACCUGGAAGUUUACUCCAAAGGAAAAAAGUACAAUAAAUGUUAAUAACUC